AUGGCGGCUGCUGCUCCCCCGCGCGCAAACUUUCCGGCGGCCGCUUCGGCCCUCUCGCUGCUGCUGAGGCAGCUUCCGCUCUCCGGCGGCGGCGGGGCGGACGCCGAGGGCUGGGCCGGCCGGUCUCCCAGCCAAGGGACCCGCCUCCCUGUCGGCCCGCAGGCGGAGCUGCUGCUGCCCGCACAGAGUCCUGACUGGAAUGGAACCUGCCUGCCUGCCCGCCAGCGGCGCCCCCGAACCGCAGCCGGUGGAGACCCCGCCCUGCCAGAAUUAGUCCUGCUUCUUCAGCGGUCCCAAGACGCCUUGCUGCAGAAGCUGUUUCCCGCCACCGCGAGCCAGAAGACUGCUGAGAACAGCCACAAGACUCAGACCAAGCCAGGGAGGGUCACCGCGGUGUCCAAGUUCAAGGUCGUGUCGCAUCUGCUAGUUUUUAAGCACAAGAGCAGGGCCCGCAAGGGCGUCGCUAGGGGAGAGAGGGCCUGUGUUCACCCCGCUCUCCAGCGGCCCCUCAGAGUGAGGGAGAUAAUGAAAAAAAUAGAGAGGUUGGAGCAGAGGGGCCCUCGGGAGCUCAGGGGCCCGGGUUCUUUGAACCCAUCCACUCAACUAUAGCGACACCCCUGCAGGGACCCCAGAGUGAAAUUAGUUUCUCGGCAUGCUAGUUUUCUGCA